AAAAAAAAAAAAAAAAAAAAAAACUAAGGCGGUUCAGGACUUCAUGGCCUUUUGUUAGGGCUCUAACCCAGCCUCUCUCUCAGUUUUCCACUUUCUCCAUUGAAGCGCAGUCAAGUUCUCCAUUGAAGCGCAGUUCACUUUCUGAUAUUUGUCUCCCAUUGAAGCAGCUUUUGAUACGGACCAUCAAUCAUGGUGGUCAAAGUGUUCUCAGGUGUUGCUGAACCUGAUAUGACGAGCAAGAAACAGCGAUUAAAAGUUCUUGUUAAGAAGCCUACGAACGGCUUGAAGAAGCCGCGGAUUGUUGAUGAUGCGAGUGAAGUCGGUACUGGUGUCGAAAAUUACAUGUUGGGAACUAACUUUCGUGAGCUUGGAGUAUGUCCAUUGUCAAAACAAGUGCCUAAAGCGGACUGUGGGUUUAAGAAAUCGUCGGAAACUUUCAAUCGGACAAAGGUUAAUUCUACUCUUGGAUUGAAACGAAGAUCAGAGGAAGUGAUCAAAGGUCCUGUAUCAAAGAGGUUGAAGUUGGACCGGUCUACGACGAUUCUUUGUCAGGCUGUUCUUAAAAAGCUGAUGCAGAAUCCUCUGAGUGCCCCGUUUGAAGUCCCUGUAGAUCCUGUUAUGUGGAAUAUUGACGACUACUUUGACAUCAUCAAAAAGCCAAUGGAUCUUGGGACCAUUAAACAGAAAUUGCUGCAGCAUAGAUAUGAUCAUGCUGAAGAGUUUGAGGCUGAUGUGAGGCUGACGUUUUCUAAUGCAAUGUUAUACAAUCCUCCUGGCCAUUAUAUUCAUCAGCGUGCGAAUACUCUCAUCAGGGUGUUUGAUCGUCUUUGGGAACCUGUAAAAAUAAAAUUGCGAGGGGAGCACGAAGAUAUAAGGCAAACUCAUCUGCAUAAGAGUGCCUGUCCUUUGUCUUCAUCAAAGUUCAAUUGUGACGUUGUAGCACGGAAAAUGAUUCCUUGUGAUGAAUUUACUGCUGUGAAGGAUAAACAUAAUUCAACAUUGCAAAAGGGUAGCUUUGGUCAAGAUUCUGCAAGUAUGAGUUUUAUGGAUUUAGAACGUGGCUAUGCUAGUGCUCCUUCUACAAAUGGCUCUUUCGGUGCUACUGCUCCUUCUACAAGUGGCUCUUUCGGUGCUACUGCUCCUUCUACAAGUGGCUCUUUCGGUGCUACUGCUCCUUCUACAAGUGGCUCUUUCGGUGCUACUGCUCCUUCUACAAGUGGCUCUUUCGGUGCUACUGCUCCUUCUACAAAUGGCUCUUUCGGUGCUACUGCUCCUUCUACAAGUGGCUCUUUCGGUGCUACUGCUCCUUCUACAAGUGGCUCUUUUGGUGCUACUGCUCCUUCUACAAGUGGCUCUUUCGGUGCUACUGCCAAAGGCUUGGAAACUAUAUCAGAUGUUGAGCUCUCUCCAUCAAGAGCCCUGCAUAUUGCAAAAUUGAAGAGUCGGUAUGCAGAAACCAUAACGAAGGCCCAAAAUCACACAUUGUUGGAACCGGGUGCUGAAGCUGAUACAACAAAUCGGCAGAAAGAGAAGGAAAUAAUGCACAGGCGGCAACAUGAAGAGAAAUCUAACAUGGAUGCAAAAAUAAGAGCUGCCAAAUCAGCUGCUCGAUCAAGAGAAGAAUCUAAACUCAAAAGGCAAAGACAAGAAGCGAGGGAAGCAGCCCGAAUGGCCAUUAGAAAGAUUGAACAAUCUGUUAAUGUUGAUAACAACAUUCAAGUUAUGAGGGAUCUUGAGGCUUUGGUUGGGACCUCUUUGGUUGUGAUGUGUCCGGAUCGUACGUCUCGUACUAUGUGGAACUAUAAAGGCACUAAUAAUCUUAGGAGACACUUGGAACACUUGGGUUUAUAUAUCAAAGAAGAGUACAGUGUCAAUUAUGAUUUUGACGAUGCUUUUUUAGAAGAAUGGGAAGGAGAGGUUCUUUGAAUUAUUAGAGAUAUAUGUAUAGACAAACAAUGUAGAUAACUUUCAACUUUGAGGCUUAAGGGAACCCUUCCUAGAGGUGGCUCUUAUCCCAUCUCUCUCCCUUAUAGUUUUGUAAAUGAUUUUUUUACGGUUAUGGCUAUGGUUAUUUUUUGUUUUGACCC